AUGUCAACUGCAACGACGGGUCGGGUUCAUAAAGACGCCUUGUCAUCGAGGUCGCCGGUUAAAGGGAAGGAAGGAGGGAAAGGAGAUGAACGUACUUUGAGUAAGGAGAUGGACAAACUGAUGGAAGAGCAUGCUCGCAUUCAAGAGAGGCUGGCUGAGACUAAACCACCGCCAGUGGACUCGAAUGAAGUGGGAGGAAUCGUAGACUAUGAUCAAGACGAUGAGGGAGGAGGAGGAGAUUCGGGAGAAGCCGCUACAGCUGAUGGUCGGGCUGGGAGAGAAUCGCAACCUCGGCAAUCUGAGGAGCUAACGGAGGAGCAGCGAGAGAAGGAGGCGAAAGCGAGGUUUAUAAAGAGCGAACUUGGAGGGUUCUCGGAGGCUAGCCCACAGAUACGCGAGAGCAUGAAGAGGAAUAGGAGGAUGUUUGGUAACCUUCUCGGUUACCUCGGCAGUGCGAAGCAGAGGUUAGAAAGUGAUAGGAAGAGGGAUGCAACUCAACGUCAAGAGGAAUGUGCCCAAAGAGUUGAAGCUAAAUUGGCUCGACAACGCAACAACUUGAGAGAAAUAAGACGUCUUGAAUGGGAGGAGAGAAGGAAACAAGAUCGAGAGCGCUUGGAACAAGUGUUAAAGGAAAUGGAGGCUAAGAAGAUAGAGCUGUUGAAGAUUCGCUUACAGAGUCAUUACGAGUAG